AUGUUUGGCAAAAUCGCAGAAAGAUUGGCAGGUAAAAACAUCCUCAUCACAGGAGCUUCCACAGGUAUCGGCUACAGCACAGCCAAGUAUUUCGCCGAGGCUGGUGCCGGUAACAUCAAGCUGGUGCUGACUGCUCGUAGAGAGGAUAAGCUCAAGGCUCUUAAGGAGGAGCUUCUGAAAUCGUACCCAUCGAUCCAAGUUUUCAUUGCAUCGUUGGACGUUUCGAAAAUUGACCAGAUCUCUCCAUUUUUGAAAAGUCUGCCUUCCGACUUUGCCGAGAUCGAUGUUCUGGUGAACAAUGCUGGUAAGGCUUUGGGAUUGGAUCCGGUUGGGUCUGUUGAUCCUGUUGACGUUAAGGAGAUGUUCGACACCAACGUUCUGGGAAUGAUCCAAUUGACCCAAUUGGUUGUUCAGCAGAUGAAGAAGCGUAACAAGGGAGAUAUCAUCCAGUUGGGCUCGGUUGCUGGCAGAGAGCCAUACCCUGGUGGAAGUAUUUACUGUGCUACAAAGUCUGCACUCAACUUUUUCACCGGUGCUUUAAGAAAAGAGCUUAUCAGCACCAAGAUUAGAGUCAUCGAGGUCGAGCCAGGUAACGUUGCUACCGACGAGUUCUCCUUGGUCAGAUUCAAGGGUGACAAGGAAAGAGCUGCUUCUGUGUACAAGGACACCGAGCCAUUGUACGCCGAGGACAUUGCCGAACUCAUUGUUUUUGCUGCUACAAGAAAGGAGAAUACCGUUCUUGCCGAGACUUUGAUCUUCGGUAACAACCAGGCAUCCCCAUUCCACAUCUACCGUGGUCCUCAAUCUAAAUAG